GUCUAUAUAGUCUAUAUUUUAUAAGACAUAAUGGAGGAGGUGCGGCUGUGCGAUUUGGGUAUUUGCCAGCAAAGUUAGAAAUAUUUGCAAAGAAAUUAUUUUUGUUUUCAACUCUAACUUAGGGACUGUCAUUACAGUAAAAAAAAGCUAUGUAACGGAGGAUCAUUGAAGGUCUUUGAAGAUUAAGUAAUUCUGAUGGUACUGGUGCCGAUGUUACAAAGGAGUAAGGAGUUCAAAUCGAUCACUUUUUCACCUUUGGUAACUUCUUACAGGUAAGUUAUGGUACCGCCACAAAGAUGCACAUUUUGGUAAUAUAUUCUUUUGGUGAAUAAAAAAAGGAUUCAAUUUAUCCAACCGAAAACAAAUUAAAUAAAUGAUAAAAUUAUUUAAGAUUGGAGAUCCUCUCAUAACACAAUUAACAGUAUCAAAUCCACAUUUUUUUGUAAUUCACUUGCUAUUUUUAUUAUGUAUGUACAUACAAUACACCAUACAUAGCGCUCACACAGUUUUCAGCUUUAUAAAUAGCACUUAUCAGUUCGUCGGAAGCUUGACGACAUUUCGGAAGUCGCGCUUGGUACCGAGGGAAUCAGUUGAUAAGAGACUUUCACCUUCAUUGGUCUUAUAUAUAAACACUCAGUUUCAAUGUUUAAGUGUGGAACUUAUAUUUUCUUGGUCGUCUGGAGUCUGAGAAAUGUAUCCUUGGCGGAGGAGAGCCUUCGGUUCGGCUACGUAUGCCUCCUAGACGAACCUAAUCCCAAUCACUGCGACAGUUUCUGCCUCAACACAUUGCUACCCCUGCUUAGCCAAAUUGCCCAGGGCCAGGAACAAGAGAACAGCCUUAAAACUGAAACCAAGGAAAGCCUGGACCUAAUGAAGAGUCAGCAAACCAAGAUCGAAGACCAACUGCGUUCCCACAUGGAAAGUCAACUUAAGGUGCAGGCUAAACUGGAAGCAGAUUUGCUGGAGUUACAGACUAAGCUAGAUGGCAAACUGCAAACGGUACAGACCGCAAUGGAAAACCGACUUCAAGCGAUGCAGACCAAUUUGGAAGGCCAACUUCAAGCGAUUAUGGCCAAGAUGAAUGAGUCUAUAGUUGAUGUCGCUGAUCGCGAUUUGAAUAAAGUACCAUCUGAUUUUAAGCGGAUCGGUUCUAGAUAUUUUCGUGUCAUUGAAAAGGCCCAGGAUUGGACUACAGCUGGCAAAACCUGCCAAACCAUGAAAGGUUAUUUGGCGUCUAUUCAAAACGAAGAUGAACUCACCGCCAUCAGUGCGAAUCUUAAGAAUUUUGCAUGCUACUGGCUGGGUAUCAAUGAUCGCUACAAUGAGGGCCACUACGUCUCCGUGGCCUCCAACAGGAAAGCUGAGAUUUUAAAGUGGAAGGAAGGAGAACCAAAUGACAAAAGCCAUGAGGAGAACUGUGUCUUGUUGAUUGAUGGCAAAAUGGCGGACUACCAUUGCAAUGCUUCAUGUUCCUUUAUUUGCCAGGCGGACAAUAAAAUUUAGUAAAAUUUUAUUUACA